AUGUCUAAUUGUGAAUGUGAUCGCUUGAAAAAAGAUUUAGCACAUUGCUUUGUUGAAAAUAAUAUUAAUACUGUUCAAGGUAACAGUAUUUUAAAAAUUCUUGCGACUCAUAAUUGUUUUGAAAAAUUUCCUAAAGACAUCCGUACAUUAUUAAAUACUCCUCAAGCUCCUAUUACAUUAAUUGCCAUAGAACCAGGUGAAUACGUACACAUUGGUUUAUCUAAGUCAUUAAUAGAAUUGUUAUCAAGUGUUUGUGAUGUUCCUCUUCAAUUGAUACUUGAUAUUAGCACUGAUGGCGCUGUAGCUGAUAAUUGCAGUACCAAGUCAUAUUGGCCGAUUCAGAUAAGAGUUAUUAACUUGCCUAAUACACUUCCAAUAAUAAUCGGAUUGUAUCUGGGAAAGGAAAAACCUUCCGAUUCCAGUAAAUUAUUCCAAUGUGUAACUGAAGAAUUUGAAGCUAUAGAAAAAAAUGGGGGAAUAAAUUUCCGAAAUAAAUUAAUCACAGUGAAAUUUAAUUGUUUUAUUGGAGAUGCCCCGGCCAGAGCCUAUGUUUUAAAACAUGUCGGACAUACUUCAUACAAUGCUUGCUCCAAAUGUAAAGUACUUGGGCAGUAUAGCUAUCGUCGUAUGUGUUUUUUAGGAACUAAUCAUUGUCUACGAACCAAUGAAGAAUAUAAUUUACGUACUGAUAAAAAACAUCAUAGACCAGGUGAAAGUCCAUUAUCAGUUUUAAAAAUUAAUCCUGUAUCACACGUACCAUUUGACUACAUGCAUUUAGUGCUGUUAGGUGUAAUGAAAAAAUUAUUCCACGCCUGGAUAGAAGGAAAAUUUUCUGGGUUCCAAAAAUUAAAUGAACAGAUAUAA